GGCGCGGAGCCCAAGCGGGAAGGCGGCGGCCCGCAGCGGAGCAGCAGCCGGAGAAGAAGGUGGUGUUGCUGCCGGCAGAGCUCCGCUUAGCUGCUGGGCGAUUCACGGCCUCGGCGCACGAACGUGGUUGUCGCCGGGUCUUCUUCAGUGACUGAAUACAUCAUCUCCAGAACAAAAUUCUAUAAACUUGUACAGGUCUGUUAACAGGGAAAAUACUCUGUUUGGAAAAUAGCAAUGAGGAGUUUGAGGAUGAGAACUCUUGCUUGAGAGAGCAGUUAAGCAGGAAUAAAAGACUAGCACCCUUUGAAGAUAGCAGGGAUCAGUGUGCAGAACAGCAAGAAAAAAGAAAAUGCAUAUUAUAGGGAGAAGUGUUAUCAUCUGAAUUUAGACAAUUUAUUUCCUUAAUUGAGAAAAGAUGAAAGAUAAUGCUACUGAAGAUCAGCUUUAUCUAGACUACUUCAGUCAGAAUGACGAUUGCAUCUUUCCUCUCCAUACAUCCAUAUCCUUGUUUCUCUUGUCAUAUUGUGACUGCAAGACAUUCACAGUUUUUUUAGUAUCUCCGGGUGAAAUAGCUUCAGAUGCCCAGCUUGUUGGCAAAGCACUGUCUGAGGACUUGGACAUUCGCCUCAUCAAAAAGUGUCAACUCCCUUUGGUGGUCCAGAGUUGCUGUUUACCUGCUGUUGUUGAGAAAAAUGGAAGAUUCCUUCGAGCAGGACUUGCAGUGGUACUGAGGCACAUCAUACACAAAACGUUUGAGGCAGACCCAUCAAGAAAGGAAGUUUUGGAACUCUUGGGUUUUAAAAAGACCUGUUUAAAAGCUUGUGCUGAAGUUAGUGAAUGGACCAGACUUUGUGAAAUCAGCAUUCCUUUGGCUGUUGAGAAGUUUCUGGCGGUGUCUUCUGAUCAGCAUCAGAAUAUUCCAGUGGAAAUAUUGCAGUUUGAGAAGAAGUUGAGAGAACCUGUAAGAGUGCACAAUGAUGACAAAAUUCGAAGGCAGAAAGUUCAACAGCAAAAGGCAUUUGUCAAGAAAGUAACUAAUAAGAUGUCCUCAGAAGAAGGAAGUUUAGCAGAAGAUUUGGCAUUCUCUCCUGGGGAUCUGGAACUGAGAGUAGCUUUCUCUAAAUUAACUGUGCAAAAAGGACCAGUUGCUGCUAAUAGGGAGCCCUCUCACAUUAGGAAAAUGAAAACCUCUGAACUCCCACCUUUGGAGCAUGUUUUUGCUGAAGGGCUUUAUUUCACUUUGGCAGAUAUAGUUCUCUUUCCAUGCAUUCAUCAUUUCUUGGUUUUCAACAAGAACCACCAAGACAAAAUAUUAGAGUUGCCGUUGAUAUGCAGUUGGUACUGGAGAGUUCAGGAAGUACCUGGAAUAAAGCAAACUGCUGCCAAGUGCAAUAUGCAAUUUUCCCACUUUGUUGACUACUCCUCUUUCCCAGAUGAAAGCCUGUGCAGUAUUUGCACAACUGCUGAUGAGCCUGAAGAAGAACAUGAAGACACUCCAUUUAUAGGUGGACCAAGGCCGACCAUGACAAAGUUAAUGGAAAGUGGAAUUGAAGCAAAGUUUUCUGCUCAUCCUUGCCCUAGCUGGACCUUAGACUGGAACAGUCUGCCAGCUGCCGUCAACCCAGGAGAAGGAAAGAUGUCCAAUGAUCGCGCUCUGAGGAAACAACAGCAGCUCAACAACAUCGUGGCCUUGGUGACGAAGCUGGCUAAGUCUGGAGACAUGAUUGUGGAUUUUUGCAGUGGCGGGGGCCAUGUUGGAAUUGUUCUUGCUUACAUGCUGCCAUCAUGCCAGGUAAUAUUGGUAGAAAAUAAAGACUUGUCACUAAUACGUGCUAAAGAGAGAAGUGAUGAAUUAGGAUUAAACAACGUUUGGUUCAUCCAAGCAAACAUGGACUAUUUUAAAGGAGCUUUUAAUAUUGGGGUGGCGUUGCAUGCUUGUGGUGUGGCAACAGACAUGGUGAUUGAACGUUGUCUCCGGGUCCAUGCUGCAUUUGUCAUCUGUCCGUGCUGUUAUGGCUUCAUUCAGAACACAGCCAAGUUUACAUUUCCACAAAGUCAUCAGUUCAAGGAAGUGUUAUCCUAUAAGGAGCACAUGGUUCUCUGCAGAUUUGCUGAUCAGACAGCUGUCCAACUUCCCCCUGAACGCAGGCGAAUAGGUAAACAUUGCAUGGGACUGGUGGAUUUGGACCGGGCUUGGAGUGUGGAAAGAUGCAACUACUCUGUCCAAGUAAUAUCCAUGGAACCAGAGACAUGUUCCCCAAAGAACAACUUGAUUGUGGGUGUCCCAGUUUAGUUAGUUCAAAGGUUUUCCCCCCUAAUGAUUCUGAAUUAAUAAUCAGUCCUUGUGAUCAAAGUCUAGUAACCUUUUGGAGAUUCAAACUACAGCUGGGAAGCAGACACUGAACAUCUUGAAUCUUUUGUCUCCAGAAAAAGGAAACUGAGAGGAAAGGGCUUGGCAAAAGGGCUGCCAGCAAAGCUUCCUAAAUCCUGCUUGAAAUGUGUGAUUAAAUGACAGCUGGUUCUCAGAGCAGGAAUAUCCCCAGAUCUUCAUCUGCCUCCACAGUAAUAGCAACCAAUAAACGAGGCUUGUUUGGGGUGGUUUUUUUCUUUCUUAUUUCUGGAGAGGUGAUUUCCUUUUUAACGAAAAUGAUGAUGGAAAAUGCACUCUGCAGAUGCUCUGCAGAUGCUUUUGUCAGCGCAGUCUUUGAUGGUACUAAUGAGUAUCCAACUGCAGAGUAAAACUUAAUAAGAAAAUGAUACCAAAUAAAACAAUACACCACAAAAUAAAACUUACUUCCUCUUUAGAAAGUGCCUUUUGUUGAAAGAAGACUAUCUUUGUAUCCAGCCCAUUAUAUGACAAUAUUCAAUUAAUUGUUGUGUUUGUAAGCAUAACGAUACACAGAUGCAUUCCCAAUGAGCCCCUUAAUUAUGUGUGUUUUAAAUUUAAUCUAGCUGAAAUGUACAGAAAUUAUGCAGAAUUCUAUAGGACUGACCUACCAUUAACUAUUAGAAACUAUAUAGAAAUAUUAAGGAUGACAAUAUCUUCUCAUUGUUCCUGCAGCAACAAAUUGGCAAUGGUUUUGUUUUGCCUUUUGUUUUCCUAGCACAAUUUCUAAACUGGAAUCUCUUGUAGUAUUAAACAUACUUUGCUUCUAGCUAGCUCUAUGAACUGGCAAACAGUAUUUUCCACAGAAUCAUUUGGAGUGUUGCCAAAUGCAGAGCACAAGGGGGUCCUUCAGUGCUAAUUUUGAAGGGGCCAAUCAAAAUGUAAAGUUGCUAAUUGUGAUUGGGUGUGUGAGCAUGAUCUCUGUUAUAACCGGAAGUUACACAGCCCCUUUCAACAUUAUUUUGGAGUGAGAGUGCUGUACAGUUGCUUGGCUGGGUUGCACAGUUAGUCAAAAAGAAGCAAAACAAGCCCGUUCCAAUAUCACAUGAAUUGGACUAUGCCAAAAGAAAAUCAUAGAUACUUUAUUCAAGUUCUACAGAGGAAAAUAUUCAAAAUUCUGUUUAUGUAUUGUUUGGCAGUACUGUUUAUGUGAGUUCGCAUUUUUACUUGUAUUUUUAAUGCACUUUUCUGGAAUUGUGUUUGAAUUAUUUUAAAUAAGUUGUGCUCUGCCUUGAGGGCAUUUGUGCAGAAAGUCCGCAUAAAAGUCAAAUGAACAAAACCGUAGCAAACGUGUGUCACUUUGGUAAUACAGUGUUCAUAAGGAAACUCUUAUCUGCAAACAUGGGGAUAAGGGCCUCCUUACUUAAUAGAGUAUCACCAUAGAGCAGAACAUAGCAGCUCUUGUUUGUGACAGUUUUAAGCUAUAAUAUGACAUAGUGGCCAAUGUGCUGUGCAAACCACUGGCAGCAUUUCCAGUCUACAGGGGUUCCUGUGCCCAUGAAAAGCAGACCCAACAGUGUAGCAGAGGUGGGCAGUUGUGCUGUGACCCAAAACAGCAUGCAGGCACUUGCGUCAUGUAAAUCCCAUUGUUUCCAAUGAGAGUAGCACUGCAGAAGUGCCAACGUGCUGUUCUAGGUCAUUGCACAUCUGUUCAACCUCUGCAACAGCAGCAGAGCUGCCUUUCACAUGUGCAGCUGCCCCAGCAGGUCGGAAAUGCCAAUGUUGCCUUGUACAGCGUCCCCUAUGGAGUGGGGAGAUUACACUGCCAAUGGUAUAACAUAUGACUAUUGAACAGCCAACCAUGGCAGAUGUGUGUCAGACUCUCCCAAUAUAGAUUUUAAAAUAAUUAAAAACAGCCACAGGAACCUGCAGUCUUGAGUAGCAAAUAGUGAAGGGAGGGGCUCUUUAAUCUCCCCUCUGGCUGUUUUUUCCACACGUAAUCUUCCCCUGUCCAUCAUUCACAAAUUGCUUUCCCCCUCAUAAAUGAAAGAGCACCUUGGAGGAAUAUUGAGCAGAAGAGCAGUCGGAGGGGUAAGGGUAAGUGAACCCCUCUUCUCCCUCUAAGUGAACUCCAACUUUCCCACUACAACCCACUGGGAGACUAUCAUAUAUCUGUGUCUGUCAUGUAACAUUGCUUGGCCCUAAAACAGAUUUGGAUUCCUGUCCAUUUUUAUUUAGACAUACCACCAUGUUCAAUAGGGCUUAUUCUUAGGUAAGUGUGUAUCGGAUUGCUGCUCUAGACUGCAAUCUUAAGCACACUUGGCUUGGGAGUAAGUCCCAUUGCACUCAGCAGCUGCCAGCUAGGGUCCAUGUGAGAUCCUGAGCUCAGGAGCAUGUAACUCCAUUUUAGUUUUAUCUGCACUGACUACUAGUUGUAUGUAUGUAUUUGUUUAUUUCGGCCCAAGGCCAGCAUAAAUACAAGAAAAAGAAACAACAAUAAAAUACAUAAAAUACAUAAAACAUUAAUACCUUCAAAUACCGUAUACAUGACUAAUUUCAUUCAAAUGAAACCGGUUAAUCUGAAAUGCACAGCCCGGCAUCUCAUGCCUCAAUCACUCUAAACCAAAUCUUGCUUGCUAUGAAAAAACAAUCUAGUUUGUAAAAAAAAAAAAAGGUUAAAAAAAUUACUAGUUUGUUUCUGUGCACAAUUGAAGGUGCUGCUUAAUCAGCUUUAAAUCCCUAAACGGUUUAGGACAAGAUUAUCUGAGUAGUGCCUCUCCCUAUAUGUAGAUUAACAACUGAAACUGUACUUACUUAGAACAACAUCUGAGACCCUGCUUCUCAUCCCUUUGUGAAUGAAAUUCUGGUUGUCAAGGAGACAUCAGGGCCUUUUUGGUCAUGGCACCCUUUCUUUGGAACUUUCUGUCCUAGGGCCCUCCCUUCAUGGGGAAGGACUGUAGCUCAUGGUAGAACAUAUGCUUUGCAUGCAGAAGGGAUGGGAAGAGAGCUGGUCUUGCAGUAGCAAGCAUUAAUUGUCCCCUUUGCUAAGCUGGGUCUGCCCUGGUUUGCAUUUGAAUGGGAGAAUACAUGUGAGUGCUGCAAGACAUUCCCCUUAGGGAUGGUGCCACUCUGGGAAGAGUACUUCCCAAGUUCUCUCCCUGGCAUCUCCAAGAUAAGGCUAAGAGCAACUCCUGCCUGCAACCUUGGAGAAGCCAACUGCCAGCCGCGGCCAUACUGAGCUUGAUGGACCAAUGGUCUGACUUGGUAUAAGGCAACUUCCUAUGUUCCUAAGGUCCCAAGGUCAAACCAAUUCGGCUGGGAAAUAUCUGUCUGAAACCCUGGAGGGUUGUUGCCAUCAGUGUAGACAAUUCUGGGCAAGAUGGACCAAAGAUCUGACUUGGUAUAAGCCAGCUUCCUCUGUAGCCCUGUUAAACCUGCCAAGCAUCCUCACUGCUGAUCUUUCGUUGGCUGGCAAAACAAAACAAAACAAAACACAUUUUUGUUUCACCAUGCUUUUAAUGUGGGAUAACAUAUUAUUUUCUCUUCCUGUAUAAUUGUAUCUUUGUGCUGUACUUGUGUAGUUGCUUUUGUUUGUUUUGUUAUGGUUCUGCUGUUAAUUUUAUUGUAUAUUGCAUAUUUUGUUUAGAUAUAUAAAAUAUUCAUUUCUACAUGUUUAGGGUUGGGCAGUAAAUCGGUUUAAUUGGUAGAUUAAUCUGUGACAGCUUUAGUUGAUUAAGGAGUAGGGGCUCAAAAUUUCAUCACUGAAAGCAAGUUUUGAUUGGUGAAGCUGAGAGUUAGGGGCCCAGUUCUUUAUUGUUGAGGUCAUGUUGGAUCUGUUUCUGUAAGAUAGCAUGAAAAACAAAACAUUAAUGUGGUCCUUCUAACACCCAGCAGUAAUGGAUAUAACUUGCCCUACAUUGACGAUGCAAAUUUUAAAUAAAAAUUUAAUAAAUUAAUUCACAGCAUUAAA